AUGAAUCCAGAUGAUGCAAAGGAGUCGUCACUGGCCUGGCCAAAAGACAGGUGUGUAGAAUGUCAGCUAUCUACGAGGACAACACCUACCAAUUUUGAACUAAAACAGCAGCUGAUUUCAAGAAUAAGAGACAACGAUAGUGACUAUGUUAAAACUACAUUAAGCAAAUUUAAAAAGGAAGAGAGAAAACAGAUUGCGGAUUCUCCCAGAAUUCUCCUUGAUGACCUUAGCACCUUGUUAAUGCAUGCUGUGUAUCAUGGUCGCACUGAAAUCAUCGAUUAUUUAAUUGAUGAUUGUGGUUGUGAUGUUAGCAUUAAAAACAUUGCUGGCUGGACUGCAAUGAUGUUUGCUGCAUUAAAAGGACACAUAAAGAUUGUAGAGACACUGAUAAACAAAGGAGAGGAUAUUGAUGCAGUUAACAGCUUUGAAUCCACUGCACUCCAUAUAGCCGCAGACGAGGGUCAUGAGCACGUUGUUAGGAAGCUGCUGGACUGUGGGGCUGACCCGACUUAUAAAGACAACGCAUGCUGGACUGCUCUUGAAAUAGCAAAAUAUAACGGCUUUCACAGCAUUGGGACUUGCUCAAAGACAAAAUGUACAGAAAUCGUCAAAUACUUGAUGGAACUAAAAUGUGAUGUCCAUCUAAAAAGUCAUGUCAACAUUUUUAAACAGCUUCUGGGUCAUCAAGCAAGAGCUGACAUAAAAGACAGUGCAGGUUUGACAGCUUUUCAAAUAGCAAAGACAGGUGAUGUUUGUGAAGAGGCUAAAAAGGUGAUUUCAAAGAUGAUUACAUCAAAUUACAUGAGUAGCUCAUUUCAUCCGAUUGCUGAAAUGAUUGACUUUGCAUAUGAGUACAAGACAUCUUGCCUUAAAAUUGAUACGAUUGAUAUCAAACACAAACCAUGUUUGGAGUUUGUCUAUGAUGAUAUUGACUUAGACUAUGAGGAUCUGUCAACAAUGCUUUUGUCUAAGUUGCGUGACAUCCUCCGUUGCCUAGGUAACGAUGUUCUAAUGUUUACAAAAACCAAAGGGUCUCUAGCAGUUACAUAUUUGUCUCCCUCCUACUUAAUGUCAACUGACGGUGAAACGUUGGUGGCACCUCGAGUCGAGUAUGGAAUUCCAGGACAUAUCCUUUUAUAA